AUGCUUAUAAUUCAGCUCUUGGUAUUGCUGAGCUUGGUGAUCGUUGGCGGUGCGCGGGGCUCGGCGGGAUCCAGGGCGCAACCUUGUGCCGGACCGCAACCCUGUGACCCGCGACAGAGGCGAGACGCCGGAGGACGUGGUGGCGUUUACGAGCACCUCGGAGGCGCGCCGCGCAGGAGGAAACUCUAUUGCGCCACCAAAUACCACUUACAGAUUCACCCAAAUGGAAAAAUAAACGGAUCUUUAGAAGAGGACAAUCCUUUAAGUAUACUGGAGAUCACAGCAGUGGACGUUGGAGUGGUUGCCAUUAAAGGCCUGUUCUCUGGAAGAUACUUAGCUAUGAAUGAGAAAGGUCGCCUAUAUGCCUCGGGUGUCUUUAAUAAAGAAUGUGAAUUCCUGGAGCGUAUUCAUGAAUUAGGCUACAACACUUAUGCUUCACGGCACCACUCGACCCCUCAGAACUUAGGGCCCGGAGGACGUGGCAGCAAACAUCGGGCUCUCGCCAGGAAGCAGUGGUACGUGUCUAUCAAUGGAAAAGGCCGGCCCAGAUGGGGUUUUAAGACAAAGAGCACAGACAAAGCUUCACUUUUUCUGCCCCGAGUUUUGGGCAACAAGGACCAUGAAAUGGUCUCUCGCCUCAUGGAGAGCAGGCACGGUGGGGCAAGCCACCACAGAUCCCGCGUGGGUCGGGAUGAGCGAAGGAGUCGAAGGCACAAAAAUCAGAAAAAAGGCCACCGCCGAAAGUCUAAUACACACAAAUCUGACCACAAAGAAGAGAUUUCAACAAGCAAAUGA